UUCAUAUAUCAACUCGUUUUAAUUUUAUUGAUUUUUAAAUUUAUUAGAACCACAAAUCUGUCUGAUCCUACACUACGCCCACUCUUACGUCCAGCGCCCCCGCCACCUCCACACUCUCAAUCUCGUCCAGGUUCUUCUACAGCUUUGCAAAAUUUUGAUUAUAUGGGACAUGAAGAAACACCCCAGGGAUCGCUUUCACUCAAUUCUGGACCUCCUCUUCCACCACAUAAUUCAAUGACAACACAACAGCAAUAUGUAUUUCCAUCAGCAAAAUCUACAUCCCUUCGACACGAAUCGUCAACAGAAUUUGACCACCAAAUAUUUACCCAAGAACAAAUAAACCAACAACAACCAACACCAAAAACACGUUCACAAUAUUAUUCUAGACAAAAUGAAAGAUUUGAACGUGUACAAGUUGCUGAUUCUAUGCCGGAAUUAAGUGGAAGGAUAAGCCAAAAAUCAGAAACUUGUGUUUAA